AUGGCGGCCAAAAAUCAAUUUUGAAUUCUGACAGAUGAUUGUUUGUCGCAGUAAUAUUUAAUAAAAAAUAUAAAAUGCUACGCGAACAUUAUAAUAUUUUAUGUCUAAAUUGUUAUGAAUAAGGUGGGGUGAUAUUAGUUUGUGCACAUUGUUAUAUUUUGUGAAUAAGUCAUCGCAUACUAGUUAUUGUAAUCGAUGAUGUAAGAUCAUUGAAGGUCUCUGUGCGCGUUUCAUUGUUCAUUAGUUUUUUCGUGUAUUCGUCAUGGAAGGUAAUAAUUGUGGAAUCGGUAAUCAUGAGAAGGAAGAUAAUGAAAGUAGUUCCCAUACUACACCCCAGGAGCAUAAAUCUUUUGCCGAAUUUGCGAAAGAUAAAUUGGAUAGCGCUGGUAGAGAACUACGCAGACGUUUGCCGAUGGCGGGGCAAUUGGGUGCUCAUUUAAUGCAUCCAAGACGAUUAUUGCUACAUUCUACACCGACACAACAAACUGAUGUUGUGCUCAUUUUUCCUAAAGGUCUCCCAGACAGCAUGCUACUGUGGUUGCUGCAAAAGUUGCGCGGGAGUCGACCACGUUUGCGCGUAUGCGUUCGUCAACACGCUUCCUCACAAUGCUCUGCUUUUUAUAUUACUGCUGAUGAUGAAGUACUUCUGCAAACAGCUGAAGAAGUUCAUCUGCCAAAGUUGCUGAAACCGGAGUUUGGUGGGGGAUACAAGGAAUUCACUGUUCGUGAUAUGCAUUGUUUUCAAAAGGGUACAACGGCCGCGGAUUUGCUAAGCUCCCAGGAGCGCGGGGCGUUGGUGAAACACGUGCUCGAGUCCGCGCGCGCCGAGCCCGGCGACGAGCACGCGCUCGAACCGGCGCUCACUCUGCGCGCCGGGCAAAGCAUCGUUCCAGCAUGCGUAAGUCGUGGUGUGGUCGCUGGAAUGUUCCCACUUCAUGAGCGAACUGCUCUGGAAAAUCUACGAAAGAAAUGGGUUAAGACAUUAUUCUCUCCUCAGCCGUUAGAUGAAAUAAGCGAAUAUUUCGGUGUGAAAAUAGCAAUGUACUUUGCUUGGCUGGGACAUUACACGCAGUCGCUCACAGUUCCCGCUGUCGUCGGGUUUAUAUUUUGGGUUUGGUUGGGAACAGCAAAUGAUUACUGGAAGGAUAUAGCCUAUGUAUUAUUUUCAUUGUUCAACGUACUUUGGGCCUGCGUUUAUCUGGAGACUUGGAAAAGAUAUUCAAAUGUAUUGGCGUAUAGAUGGGGGACUCUGGACCAAAGGGAUGAAUGGCUCGUUGAACCGCGACCAUUAUUUCAAGGCGAGAUGGGCACGAGCGAGGUGACGGGGCGGCCGGAGCCGCAGUACGCGGCGUGGCGGCGGCGCGUGUGGCGCCACGCCGUGUCGCUGCCGCUCAUGCUGCUGUGCCUCGCCAUCGCCGGCCUCGCCACCUUCGCGCUGCUCAGGACGCAGGACUGGUGGGAAGAUACGAUAUUUUAUUUCAGUUGGAUACCGCGCGCUUUUUUGGCGAUACUAAUUGCCGUUGAAGAAGAAGUUUAUGCACGAAUCGCGAAAUGGCUCAACGAUAAAGAAAAUUAUCGACUCGAGACAAAGUAUGAAAAUCAUCUGAUUCUGAAAAUUGCAUUGUUUCAAUUUGUGAAUUCAUUCAUGAGUUUGUUCUACAUUGCGUUCUACCUUCAGGAUAUGGAUAAAUUGAAAGAGCAACUAGCUGUAUUGCUCAUAACGCGACAGAUAAUCGGAAACUUGAAAGAGUCCGCCUUACCGUAUCUCAUCGAGAACCUCAGGCUGGCGAAGAUUUGUUUCGACGUAUUCGGAGCCCUAAGUCCCAGCAAGAUACCGACGUCCGCUCAACUGAACGAGUUGUUCGAAAAGAAAACGUCAUCGUCCGGUGAGCCGCCGGAAAUGUUGAUAAACGGCGGCACCGAGAAGGAAAAGAACGACAGGCGAGACUCGGAGCCGCUCGUUGGGCAGAAGAUUAUCCAUCAAGCGGAACUCGAGUCACAAUUGUUUAAGUACGAGGGCACGUUCGCGGAGUACCUGGAGAUGCUGACGCAGCUGGGCCACGUGGUGCUGUUCUCGGCCGCCUUCCCGCUGGCGGCGCUGUGCGCGCUGCUCAACAACGCGUGCGAGGUGCGCGCCGACGCCUUCAAGCUGUGCCACGUGGCGCAGCGGCCCUUCGGCGAGCGCGUCAGCAGCAUCGGCAGCUGGCAGCACGCGAUGGAGGCGAUGGUGGCGGUGGCGGUGCUGGUGAACUGCGCGCUCAUCGGGCUGUCGGGCCCCGUGCACCGCCUGCUGCCCGACGCCUCGCCCGCGCAGACCGUGCUCGUCAUCGUGGCGCUCGAGCACGUGGUAUUAGUGAUAGUGUUGUGUCUGCGGAUCGCCAUUCCGGAGAUACCAGGCUGGUUGGCUACUGAAAUGGCUAAAACGGAGUUCCAACGGAGGGAGGCGAUUAAAAACGCACACGCUCCGUUAUUGUCGGAGGGCCCGAGCCAGGACGACGUGCGGCCGCCGAGCCGCAACACGCCGCACGCCACGCCCACCACGCCCAAGCAGCCCGACAAGCCCGCCGACAGGAAACGGAUCAACAUCGGCAAGAUCCCUGAGAUCCCGCCCUUCAGACCUAAGGCAGCGUCUGUAACUGAGCCGGCGGUCACAACGGGGUCCUUACAGAUGCUACAAGACGUUAGUCCGACGAAACCAAUACGACGCAAGGAAGGUACGCCGGGCGCCCCGCUCUCCCUUCUCGGAGUACGCGGCUUGAGAGACGAACCUCUCCACCGAUCAGCGCACUGCAUUCCUCAUCCCACUCAGCACAGGCCGCUAGUCAACCCAACGCUACAGGAACUAUCCGGCAGUGUCAGCGCAGGGGGGUCGGAGCCCGAUUUGAACGCCGUACCAUCUGCGGCGCCAUCUAUGGACACCAGCGCAACCUCCAGCGAAGACGAUAAACCUAAGGAUAAGAGCAGCCGCUCGCGCGCGCGGGCCGCGCUGGUGAAGCGCGUCCGCUCGGUGGCCGUGUUCUCGCUGGGCCUGCGCAAGGCGCGCGAGGCCGCCGCCGCCGCCGACAAGCACUCGCCGCACACCCCCGAGCGACCGCACACCACGCCCGGUCCUCCGGCUCCGAUGCUGGGAGGCGAAUUAUCACUAAUACCGAUCGAGCAGCUCAUACAAGUGGAAGAUGUCAAGCCUCGCCCAUCGAUUCAAGUGGAAGAAGUCAAGACUCGGCCGUCGACAUAAGUAUUUAUUUUAUAUAAUUUUAAUAGGUCGUAAUUUAAAUUUUUAAUUAUGUUAAAAAUACAUCUGUGACCGCACAACAGUUAUGCGUAAAUUAAUUGCAAAUAAUGUAUCAGCCUAACACCUGUAAGAAAAAAUAGGUAUCAUAUAUUAUUGUUACGUUUCAAUGCGUGUUUGUAAUUACCAUUAUUACCAAAGUUACCAAGUAAAUUCUCGGUAUUUGGGGCGUAAUAUUAUGGCAACAAGAAUUCGAAUUCAAGGCCAGUAAAAAAACGAAACUUUGUUAUCAUCUUCAAUUAAAGUAAGAUCCUUAUUCAAAAACAUCCCAAAAUAGGCGACAUGAUGAUAAAAACGAUUCAAAGAUUAUUUAAAUAUCAAGGAUUUUGGACCGUAUAAUUAAAUAAAAGCUGCCAUCAAAAGUAAAUAUAUUAUUUUAUAUGAUAACAAGUUCAGCUACCAAAUAAAAUGUUAUGCAUUUAGUACAAAAUAUUUGUAUUGUUGAAAAAUUUCCUUUCGAAGUUUUUCAUAUUGAAAUAGUUUGAGAGUAACAUUAAAGGCGCAUUUUAUAUAUAAGACGGGUAAUAUCGGUGAUCAACAUUACCGAACAACGUUGAACGAAUGGAUAAAUAUGGUGUUGUGUAUCAAAUGAAAUUUUGGACAUUUUUUAAACAUUUUGUAAGAAUUUUUCGAUGUUGUUGAUGACUUCGUUUCAAAUGCAAUUGUUGUAACGCAAUUUGUUUCUCGAAGCUUCCGAGUUCAAUAAGCAAUCGUCUUGACAAUAAGUUGAAAAUUGUGUACGUUCAUCGUUUGUCUUAAUCCGACCAGAGGAAAUAAUUGAUCAAGUAACAAUAUAUUAUAAUAUUUAUGUCUAGUGAGAUAUUAACGUACAACGAAUUAUUCAUUUGAUUUCAUAUUAUAAUAUUAUUUGGAUUUUUAAUUAGAUUUUAAAAUUCUAGGUACGAGGCAGUUUGAAAUAGCUAUCAUGAAAACGGUACAGUAUUAUUUAUCAAAAUAAUUUACAGCAAUUAAAUGUACGGUCAUUUUGACUGACUUUUGCUUAUCGUCAGAGAUAUAUUUUGUCUGGUCGGAAGUUUAUCUUAUCUAUCUAUGUAAUACCGCUAGAUUCACUUCACUCGUCGUCGUUGUUUUUAGGAUAGUUAUAUUAUAAGAAAAAGUCUGUUAAAUGUUUCUAGAAAAGUACCUAACGAAUUUGAUCUAAGUUUCAUUUCAGUUUCUAGGCUUUGUUUUGUAUGAACUUUUGGGAAGUGUGUACAUUACAUUAUAAUUUUAUUUUUAAUCAUUAAAUUAUUACUCGCAGAUAAAAAAGUACAAUUUAAAAUUUUGCUUUUUUUUUUUUAACGAAAGUAAUAAAACGUGACUGGCCUUAUAUAAUUUUUGUUUAAAAGUUUCGUUUAUGAUUGCUCAAAAAAAAGUUAUACAAAUACUGUCAAUUAAUAAGAGAGGUGUUUCCCGAGUUAUUUUUCGAAGUCAAAUACAAACUUUUUUAAAUCUAGAAUUCUCUAUAGUUUCAAAAAUAUAUUUAGUUGUCAAUGGAUGUUGAUUAGCAGUACGUUACCAAAGUGUUGUAACUUUAAUUGUUUAGGUUUAGUUUAGAAUUGUUAUUAAUGUAUUUAACACUAACAUUACAAAAUAAAACUGCAGUUUAUAUGUCUUGCAUACAUUUUUAGAAGAGCAAUUAUUAAUUAUUAUUCAGUCAAAAUGUGACA